UCAUGGACGAUAGUGACUGCACUUCGGAGGGGUGUGUCGACUAUGAUGCACAAUCACCAUCGCCACCAUUAGUGAUAUGGACAAGCAGAAGGGCAGUUCCACCGCCAGCUACAUUACCUUACAAUGCACCUUACACAGCUCUAUACCCCGCAAACCACGAUAGUGGUGAACAAAUAGCGACCGCUCAGGUCUCCUAUAGUUCUAUUCAGGGUUCCUCAUUCAGUUCUUGGAACACACAAACGUCUUCCUUCGGUGUACUUCAAGAUUAUCGGCUGAAGAGCGUUGCUGACAACGUCAUGGACCCCCGACCCGAAAUCCAGAGGGCGAAAGAUACAAAGCCCAGUGAAGCUCCAACCACACCUGUCUUAAACCCAUGUUUGGAUCCCAUGACAUUGGCAAUGGACGACGAUCACUGUACGCGAGACAACAGUAAAGCAACUGUACACUAUUCCGUUCCCGUUUCAGAUCACUACACAGGCAGUGGGAACGUAACGUUAAACUCGGAGUAUAGCAAUUUCUCAAGCAAUGCUGGCAAUGUUAACGUUAACGGAGGCCGCAGAGUACAUAUUGCCGGAUAUGUGGCAGUGUCUUCCCAAGUGGCUAGCUUACCUGAGGGUCCCAAGAAUCACAAUCGUGAAAGGAUCAACAAUCAUCACACCUCAGAGCCGUUUUCUGAGGCAGUUUGUCAACUUCAAACUAACCAUCGUCAACCGGAAACGUCACUCUGCGAGGAAACCGGGAAGUCACCUGAUCGCCGGCAUGAUCAGCUAGAUCGUGGACAUUCACAUCCUGGAGAAAAAACGUAUAAACGUAAGCAUUGCGAUAAAUUCUUAUCUACUCAGUCUUGCGUAACAUCUCAUGAAUGUCCACAUCCUGAAGAGAAAUCGCUCGAUUGUAACUUGUGUGAUAAAACGUUCAAUAACCUACCUCAUCUUACACGUCAUGGACGAGUUCACUCUGUUGAGAAACCAUUUCCGUGCAAAUACUGCGCCAAGCCGUUCGGUGACAAAUCCGCUCUAAAUGUUCAUGAACGUAUCCAUACCGGAGAGAAGCCGUUCAGGUGUGGUUACUGUGAUCAAAUGUUUCGCCGUAAUACCCAUCUUAGAGUUCAUGAACGUACCCAUACUGGAGAGAGACCAUACAAGUGUAAAUCGUGCGAGAAGUCAUUCACGACGAAAUCAAAGCUCACCCGGCAUAGACGCAUCCAUACUGGAGAGAGACCAUACGAGUGUAAAUCAUGCGACAAGUCAUUCAAGACGAAAUCAAAUCUCACCGUGCAUCAACGCAUCCAUACUGGAGAGAGACUCAGACCACACAAGUGUAACUUGUGCGACAAGUCAUUCACGACGAAAUCAAAUCUCACAGUGCAUCAACGUAUCCAUACUGGUGAGAAACCAUACAAGUGUAAAGUAUGUGGCAAAGACUUCCGAGCAACGUCAACUCUCGCAAAUCAUCAACGAAUCCACACUCUUGAGAGAACCGCCAAGUCCUCAUCAUCGUCGCCCCCGACAGGAAACCUUGCCGUGCUAGGAAGAAGAAUUACGGUUUUGAGAAUUGUUCGAAUCAUGGACGACUGUGACUGGACUUCGGGGGAGAGUGACGACUCUGAUGCACUCUCACCCCUGCAGCCAUUAGUGAUAUGGUCAAGCAGAAGGUCAACCGCGUGUCCUCCACCGCCAACUGCACUAUCUUAUAGUACACCGUACUCAGCUCUUCACCACGUAUACCCCAAUAGUGGUAAUCAAGUAGCCACAUCAGAAUUCUCCUCUUCCCAGUUUUCUCUUCAGAAUACCGCAUUCAACCCCUGGAAAUCACGAACAUCUUGCGCCGGUGUUCCUCAAGAUCAUGUACCCAAGGACAUGGUGACAGAUAAAAUCAGGGACCCCCGACCAGAAAUCCAGAGGAACAAGGAUACAAAGACCAGUGAUGCUUCAAAUACAGCUGUCGAAAACCCAUGUUUGGAUUCCUUGACAUCGGCAAUGGACAAGGAUCAAAUUUCGCAAGGUAACAGUACCCCAACCGUUAACUGCUAUCGCGAACCCGUUUCAGAUCAUUACACAGGCUACGAGGAAGUAGCGUUUCACAAUAAAUAUGGCAAGAACUACAGCAAAUCUGCUGGUAUGAACGUUCACGCAGGGCUUGUACACAACUUUGGCCAUUUUCCAGUGUCUUCUCCAGUGGCUAGCUUACCCGCGGAUUCCGAUCAUUACGAUCUUGAAAAAAUCAACACUCAUCACAACUCUGAGCUGUUUUCUGAGAUAGUUUGUCAACUUCAAUCUGACUUUCCCGACCCAGAAGAAACACUCUGCGAAGAAACCGAAAAGUCCCUUGAUCGCCAGCUCGAUAGGCUUGAUCGCGAACAUUCACAUCCUGGAGAAAAGCAAUAUAAAUGUAAGCAUUGCGAUACAUCUGUUUCUACUCCGUCUUGCCUAAGUUCUCAUGAAUGUACACAUCCAGAAGAGAAAUCGUUCAAGUGUAAAGUGUGUGACGAAAUGUUCACUACGCAACAUAAUCUUACCCGUCAUGCACGACUUCACUCAGUAGGCAAAGCGUUUCCGUGCAAGUACUGCGGAAACCCGUUCGGUGACAAAUACGGCCUACAUGUUCAUGAACGUAUCCAUACCGGGGAGAAGCCGUUCAGGUGUGGUUGCUGUGAUCAAAUGUUUCGCCGUAAAACCCAUCUUAGAGUUCAUGAACGUACCCAUACCGGAGAGAGACCAUACAAGUGUAAAUCGUGCGAGAAGUCAUUCACGGUGAAAGCAAAUCUCACCGUGCACCGACGCAUCCAUACUGGAGAGAGACCAUACAAGUGUAAAUCGUGCGAGAAGUCAUUCACGGUGAAAGCAAAUCUCACCGUGCACCGACGCAUCCAUACUGGAGAGAGACCACACAAGUGUAAAUCGUGCGAGAAGUCAUUCACGACGAAAUCAGAUCUCACCCGGCAUCGACGCAUCCAUACUGGAGAGAGACCAUACAAGUGUAACCUGUGUAACAAGUCAUUCAAGACGAAAUCAAAUCUCACCGUGCAUCAACGCAUCCAUACUGGAGAGAAACCAUACAAGUGUAAAGUAUGUGGCAUGGCAUUUCGGGAAAUGUCAUCUCUCAAAUAUCAUCAACGAAUCCAUACUUGAGAGUAACCAUUUUCGUGUAAGGACUGUGGAAAGUCUUUCACUAAGAAAUCAAGCCUAACACGUCAUGAGUGGAUCCAUCCCUGAGAGAACCUGAUCAUGUACAAGCGAUUGUGACGAGAUUUCAAUGCGAAAAGAAACAUGGAAGACCAUGGACAUACAAAACACAGAAAACAGCAGUAUCGUUUCAAGAUUAUGGGAAAUGCUUUUAACCUAUCAAAGAGCGUUUAAAACAUUAUUCCUUGUUUAUGCUUCAAACGCUUCAAACUCUCUAACUCGUUUUCUUAUAGGCAUUUUUUGGUAACUGUUCAGUUUUAGUUAUUGCUCUGCGUGCACCGUCUUAUCCUGAAUUAUCAGCAAACACAUGUACUAUGAUUCGGUUUGCGCUUUUCAUGUAUCGUUCAACGUAAUACAUAUUUGUUGAAAUAUACAAUUUUUCCUAGUA